CUGCGCAGGACGCAGCCCGAGCUCGGCUUUUAAAGCGUACUGAUUUGGUAACGCGCUUGUGUUCGCUUAACCUCCCCAUCGAGGAAAACAGGAUUUAAACUACCUUCUUUUUUAUUCUGUUUGGGAAGGAUUUCCGGAAUAAUGCGGUUUACUGACCCGACGUUGGAAUAGAUGUGUUCGUGUUGUUUUUAUCGCCUUUUUCUUUAGUCUCUGGAGACCUCUGUGUUUUCAGGAACUCGGGAAGUCUGCUGUGACAUUCCCUGUGUCCUGCUCUGACAUUCCCUCUCUCCUGCCGCAUGAGGAGGACAUGGCAACCGCACUCGGUGGCCGGAGUGUGGGCGCGCGCGCCCCGAACCCCAGGAAAGGGCGCAUUUUGGGAAUAAUCGACGCCAUUCACGAUGCUGUGGGACCCCCGAAACAGGCCGCGGCUGACCGGCGAGCUGUGGAAAAAACAUGGAAACUCAUGGACAAAGUGGUGAGGCUGUGUCAGAAUCCCAGGCUACAGCUGAAAAACAGCCCUCCUUACAUUCUGGACAUUCUGCCAGACACGUACCAGCACCUGAGGAUGAUCCUGUGCAAAUACGAGGAGAACCAGAAACUCGCACAGCUCAGUGAGAACGACUACUUUAAAGUCUACAUCGACAGCCUGAUGAAGAAAUCGAAAAGGGCAAUCCGUCUCUUUAAAGAGGGCAAAGAGAGGAUGUACGAGGAGCAGUCCCAGGACAGACGAAACCUCACCAAGCUGUCACUCAUCUUCAGCCACAUGCUGGCCGAGAUUAAGGCCAUCUUCCCUGAAGGCCAGUUUCAGGGAGACACGUUUCGCAUCACCAAGGCAGACGCAGCCGAGUUCUGGAGAAGGUUUUUCAGUGAAAAGACAAUAGUGCCAUGGAAAGUGUUUCGUCAGUGUCUUCAUGAGAUGCAUCCCAUCAGCUCAGGCCUGGAGGCAAUGGCCCUUAAAUCCACCAUCGACCUCACCUGCAACGACUACAUCUCAGUCUUCGAGUUUGACAUUUUUACACGUCUAUUCCAGCCCUGGGGAUCGAUUCUGAGGAACUGGAACUUCUUGGCGGUGACUCAUCCAGGCUACAUGGCCUUCCUGACAUACGACGAAGUGAAGGCACGAUUGCAAAAGUACAACAAGCCGGGCAGUUACAUUUUUCGGCUGAGCUGCACACGCCUGGGCCAGUGGGCCAUCGGCUAUGUCACUGGUGAUGGGAACAUCCUGCAGACCAUCCCCCACAACAAACCACUCUUCCAGGCACUCAUCGAUGGCUGCCGGGAAGGCUUUUACCUGUUUCCUGACGGUCGCAGUUAUAACCCAGACCUGACUGGCCUCUGUGAACCCACCCCACAUGACCACAUUAAAGUCACACAGGAGCAGUACGAGCUGUACUGUGAGAUGGGCUCUACGUUUCAGCUGUGCAAAAUAUGUGCAGAGAAUGAUAAAGACGUGAAGAUCGAGCCAUGCGGGCACCUGAUGUGCACCUCCUGUCUCACAGCGUGGCAGGAGUCAGAUGGUCAGGGCUGUCCCUUCUGUCGCUGUGAGAUCAAGGGUACAGAGCCAAUUAUCGUGGACCCUUUUGACCCCAGGAACGAAGGCGCCAAGUGUUUCUUUCUGGAGCAGUUUAACUCCCCCAUGCUAGAUCUAGACGACGACGAUGAUCGAGACGAUUCUUUAGUGAUGAACGGCUUGACCAACAUCAGGAAGUGUACAGAGCUUCAGAACUCCCCCAUUAUUUCCCCUAGCUCUUCACCUGUAAGCCAGCGUAGGAAACCCAUAGCAGAUCAUGCAGGUGUUCAGCAUCUGGGUCUGCCUCCAGUACCACCUCGCCUCGACCUCAUCCAGAAGGGCGUGAUCCGUUCGCCUGCUGCCAGCCCCACUGGCUCACCUAAGGGCUCACCAGGAGCGUCCAGGAAACAGGACAAACCGUUACCGGCUCCUCCACCUCCUCAGAGAGACCCUCCUCCUCCACCACCUCCUGAACGCCCUCCUCCCAUCCCCCCUGAGAGCAGAGCCACCUGGCUGGCAGUACCGACCUCCUCCUCAGGGCUUCCCCGGGACUUGUCUCUGCCCUCAGAGGCCUGGAGCCCAAAAGACAGCAGUCACCUGGCAGAGAGCAGAGCAGGAAUGGAGCGCUCACCCAAACUCGCCCACGUUGCUCCUGCACACCUCAAUGGACGACCCCUGAGCUGCAGUGCCAUUGGCUAUAGACCAGAUACACACAUGGACUGUAGCAAGCUAAGUAAUGGCCUGCUUACAUCUGAGAGGUAUGAUGUUCCCCCUCAGCGCCAUUCCCCCCCUCCACCUUCCCUCACUAGCACAAACAACCAGAGGUUUUCAAACCCAUUCAGCAGCAUGUGCUUGGAGAGAUCUCGGGUAACUGACAGGGCAGAGGAUGAGUAUCAGAUUCCCUCUUCUCACCCUGUGUGCAUCACACAACCUCCUGUAUGCAUCUCUGUCCACAUCCCUAACAGGGCUUCAGAUAUCUCGUCAGACCUGAGCUCAGAAGAGAAGAAGCUGAAAGCUCCAGAGCACGGUGGCUUUGACUCAGGUGUGUCUGUUUCGGGAGUCGUCUCUGCAACACACUGCUCCCUCCACAACAACCGAACUCCAGCAGACUACGACAUCCUUUUGCCCCCACAAGCCUUGCCAGCAGAAGAUCCAUUUAACACAGCACCUCCAUCACAACCGCCUCCUCCACCCCCUGUUAGACACAGCUUCCCAGAUGCCUCCUCCUCCUCAUCGUCUCCAUCCUGCCCCAGAGCGGCUCGGCCUUCAUCCGGACACUUCCUUCUCAGCUCAGACGCUUUCCUGGACGUUCUGAGCAGUUCAGCCCCUCUCCCGCCUGUUCGGAGACAGACUGGUGAAAGUGCAGUCCGAAACUCAACGCAAGAGUACGACCAGCUGCCUCCUACAUCAUUUGCCGGAGAUGGUCUGCAGGCACCCGCUAGACCGCCUAAGCCCUUUCCUCGCAAGACCCCUCCAGAGAUCCUGCACCGAAGACCCCCCGAGUACUCGCAUGAGAACGUGGAUGCCAAAAUCGCCAAGCUGAUGGGUGAGGGCUACUCGUUCGACGAUGUUAAGAGAGCGCUGAUGAUAGCUCAGAAUAAAGUGGACGUAGCACGCAACAUUUUGCGUGAGUUUGCCCUGGUGGCACCAAGACUGAACCUGUAGCCAAAUGCCCUCCGUCCUCCGUCUGACUCAACAUGGGCGCCAGACGGGCAGCAUGCAGGGCGACUCCCCUACUGACCUGGCUCACAGUACAGGCAUCCGGCUGGGACUUGGAGAGAGUGAGAGAGACAUUGGGCUUGAUGUCCAGCCAGGCUCGGGGAGGAAAGUAAAGGGGUCAGAACGUGGAACCUGUGAAAAAAAAGCCUUGUGUUUACAGUGCUGUGCCGCGUGGUGGCUUAAUGCUGCUGCCGCUCUCUGCUCAGUGCCACUCUGUUUUGCUCUGUUUAGUAGAGGAGCUGCAAAUCUGUUCAUACAGCUAAUAUUUUGCUGCAGACUGCUGCAUAUCCCAGUAGGACUGGAAAAGACUGAAUUAAAAUUAAAAUUGAAUCGAACUCUGUCCUGACUGUUGAUGUUGCCAGUUUUUUGCAGGCUGUUUUUGCCUCUCCUGCCAGCUGUGCUGCUGCUGCUGCUGCAAGCCUUAGUCUAAUACACUCUCUCACACACACAUACACACACACCUUUGUAGUUCUGUCAAAUUUCUCUGUUGUUUUCAUGGUGAUCAGUUGAAAUUGCACCCCAUGGUGUGUGUGUGUGCGUGUGUGUGUGUGUGUGCUUUGCUUUUACGACCGCUCCCUCCCUCUGAGUGAAGAACUGUGAGAAAGACAAACUCUGCUAUUAAGAACAGUAGAGUGCAUCCGUUAUAGUGACACAUUAUCUCCCUUUUACAAUUUAAUGAAGUCCAUUUUAUUCCAUGAGAGAGAGAGAGAGAGAGAGAGAGAUGGUUUCAAUGGAUUGUAGCUGAUGCACCACAACCAUCUUUUUUACAAUCAACUCAAAUCAAGUCCUGCAUAAGGCUGAGCAUACACUGUAUGGUUUAUAAUGCUAUAUGACCAGUUUAAGAUUCAGCACGCUUGCAUAAUAUGGAAUAUCGAUUUACUCUUAAGCUUUGCCGGAGGAAUUGCCUUUAAGCCUUCAUCCGUUCGCAGAAUAUUUCUUUUUAACCAUCGGCAACUCGAAUCUGAUGAGGAGUCACUGACACAGUUGCCUACAGCAGAUCGUUUUUGUAGUUUGACUCAGCAGUACAUCUCUACCUAUUUCCCUUCUCUCUCUCUCUCUCUCUCUCUCUCUCUCUCUCUCAAAUAAAUAAGACAUUAUUACAGACCAAUACUGAGUAUAAAACACUGGGAAAAAUCUGCUUUCUUCUGCCUCUGACAGUAGUAACAAUGUGCUGCUAAAAAUGAACCUGAUUAUAAAGGAUUGCCAAAACUUGGCCACGCCCACUUUCUAAAACAACGCACGGUUAGUUACGCCUUAAAGGUGCCCUAGUUAAUGGAAUACCAUACAGGGUCCUAGCUGCAGCAAUUCCUUGUCAAGGCUUGAAUUUCAUUGUAACAUAUACUGUACAUCAGCACACUUCCUCUUUCGCUUUCAUGUGCCACAUGUGUCCUCUUUAGCUGCCAAAUGAAAGGCCUCUGAAUGUAUUUGUUCCUGUUGAGCUUCAUUUCCAGAGGAAGGCUUUUGUAUAAAUGAGUGCAGUUUCAUAGCAGUGCAUCCUGUGUGUAAAGCCCUGAGGUCAUAAGCACGACUGAUCAGCAAUCAGCAGUUACAUCGCUGAGCUGCACUGCACAUUCUUUAGAAAUCAAGAUGAUCAUGAACACAGCAUUUCCUUCACGGUCGAACAGUUACAUAGUGAAGGCUAUCAGGUUGUAGCCGUCGGCGCUAGUUGUCUGGUACAGAGAGAAAUCAUUUCCUCGCUUUUGACUUUCCAGACCUUUGAAAACAACGCCAUGUUGUCAUUUCAGAAUAAGGAAGUUGUGUUAUCUUGUGAAUUUUGUAGUAGCCAGAGUUGAGUAGUGAGAGAUGAGUUAGCAGCGACUAACGUAACACUCCGUCUAACGAUUCAAACUAUUGAUUGAGACUUUAAACCAGUUUUUUUUUUUUCCCCCUCAUUAAAGCAGAUUGGCUUCACCCACAUGUUCCACUUAAAGCUUUGUUUUUUGCACUGGUAUUUUCUCUCACCAUUAAGUCCUCACCAGAACUCACCCCUCUUUCUGACACACAAAGUGGCCUUUGAUAGGAUUGCAGAGGGUGGGACGGUUUCUAUUUUCUUUCUUUUUUAUGAUGAUUUUUUUUUUUUUUAAUGAUUUUUUUUCCCCCUCAGUGAAUAAUCCUUUGUGGAUCGUGUAACGUGUGCAAUUUAUUUAUACUUUGUUAAAAAAAAAAAAUCCUGAGAUUAUUUUCAUUGUUCAGUAAUGAUGUUAACUUGCGAUUUGUUCUUGUGAAAAUGUUUUAUAAAAGCCAGUAUUAACAUUAA